AUAAAUACCAACAAAGAAGGUAAAUUCAUAUCUGUCAUCUUCAUUAAUGGAUUUCAAUUCUUCGUUCUCCCAUCUCAACUCUUGGGAAGCGUUGUUUUCGUUCAACGACAAUGCAACAAAUGAAUCGUCCAUAUUGGACUCCAUAGCUAUAGGAUCAACGAAGAAAGAGAAGAGAGGGUAUAGAGGAGUAAGAAGAAGGCCAUGGGGAAAAUUCGCAGCAGAAAUACGAGACCCUACAAGAAAUGGUGUUCGAGUAUGGAUUGGAACAUUUGACAGUGCUGAAGAAGCUGCUUUAGCUUAUGACCAAGGAGCUUUCUUGACAAGGGGUGGUCUUGCUACCCUUAACUUUUCAGCACAAGUGGUGGUGGAGUCCCUGGAAGACAUGGGUUUCAAGGCACUCAGAAAUGGUGUCUCACCAUUGUUGGAACUCAAAAGGAUGCACGUGAUGAGAACCAAAUCUAGGGCUAGCAGGAGUUGUGGUAAAAAGGUUAAAAGGGGUUGCGGCAAAGGGAAAUUGGAUCCUACUACUGAAACAGUGUUGGUGUUGGAGGAUUUGGGUCCUGAAUACCUAGAGCAACUUUUGACCUUCACUUCCCCUGGUUCUUGGUGCUGAAUUUGUGGAUUCAAACUACAAAACCUUAUUCAUUCAUAGCUUCUUUAUUUUAGCUUCUCUCCUUUAUUAAUUCGUUUAUUUUCUUCUUUCCAUUUUGUAUAUUAAAAGAAAAUUUUUAACAGAUAUACUCCCAUUGAUU